GAUGUGCUCAUUCCAGAUCCUUAAGCCAGCAGAAAAGAAGCAAAAAUACACGUAUGGCGGCCUUGGAGGCACCACGCGGGGCAAGAAGAAGAAGGAGAUGGCCAAGGUCACGUAGAGGAGCUUCCAAUAGACCUUGGAUGUUACACAAACAUAUUCUUUGUACGUAAAUUUGAUAUAAAUGCGACAUAAUGCGCUUAAGGGUAUUUUCAAAGAGCAAGGAACGAUUUUUUUUGAGGAUGCCAUCCGCCCAUUCUUUUAUUUUCAUCCAUCACAUCCAUCACAUCCAUCAACCAUCCAUCCGCCUAUCCAUCCGUAUCUCCUUGAACACAGUGAUCGCAGUGGCGAGAAGAGUGACAGGUCCGGGAGAUAUCUUUUCCUUUUCGACGAGCUGAGAAGUGAGGCAAGCUGGCAGAUCAACUGUCUACGGGCGUGUGCUAUGCAAGCAAGGAGACGCCUAGGAGUCAACUUUACUGCCAGGGCAUUAGUUUCUCGUGUUACCUCCUCUAGCACCACGCCUUGCUAUAUACGGCCUCCUUUCCUCUUCUCCAGCAACGCUGAAAGAGAGUACAGUGCAGUAGUAUGCAGGCUGUCUGUCUUGGAGUGCAUUCUUGUUCGUUAUAUGUCCGUUGCAUUCGUGCUUUUCGUGUUUUAUUCCAUUAAGAUGCUCGUUUGUGUCGAUCAAGAGUGAGAAAGAGGAAAAUAGAGAAAGAAAGAAAGCGUAUCCUAACCUUUGACCUAGACAGUCAACUCUUCUUCAUUCUUCCCUUCUCAAGCAAGGAAAUAGCCUCAGCAGUACCAACCACCCAGA